CCGCGCCGGAGCCACGCUCCAGACCGGCCACCGCUCCGAAGCGAGCCCGAAUCCGCCCUCUGUCAGGAGUUGCAGUUCGUCUCCGAUCCCCUUGGGAUUUAAACCUUCUUGCGUAUAUAUAUAUAUAUCUAUAUCUAUAUAUAUAUAUAAUUUUUCCCCCCUUCCUCCUCCUCCUUUUUCUCCCGUGCAAAGUGGAGAAGGAACUGCACUAAGGCAGCCCGCGAGAUCUCGCAAUAUUGCUCCUAUUUAUCACUGCUAUUAUUCGUAAUUAAUUAUUAUUUUUAACCUCGCACCAGCCGGGGAGGGGAGCGGGACCAUUCCCGGCAGCAGAAACAUUGCGAUCCGUAUCAAUAAAGAUUUUUAAAUUUUUUUUACCCCCCCUUUUUGAGAGAGGGGAUCGGGUGGAGGUUGAGCGCAGCGGGGUGGGGGGAGGCUGGCAGCCAGCGCCGGCCCCCGGUCCCGGUCCCGGUGGCGGAGCGGGAGGCCGCGGCGGCGGGGGGAGGCGGGCCCCGGCGCCGCCCGCCGAGAGGGGGGCCAGCCGCCCCAGACAGGUGAUGGGCGUUUCGGCUGCGCUCCGGAUCGACUCCUUGGGUUUCACUUUGGUCUGAUCUAAGCAAAUAUGCAGAAGUACCGGCUGGUCUAGUCCUAAGAGCCAAGAGGAGCGAGCGAGAGCGGCGGGAAGGAGAACGGCCGCGCUCCCGUAGCGAGGGGAACAUACAAACAGCGGCCGCGCCGCGAUUCAAGCACCGCCGCCCCGAGGCAGCCCCGACCCGCCCUGGAUGCGGAGCACCCCCGAGCCGCCCCGCCGCCUUUCCCCUGAGGGAUGGUACUGAAUCUCUGCGCGGCAGGAGCCGGCCUGCAGCUCCUCUCCAUCAGCGUUGCCUUCCCUCCGUGUCUAAAGUGCACUAGACCGCGAUGAGGACCUGGGCUUGCGUUUUGCUGAUAGGUUUUGGCUACCUGUCCUUUACCUUUUCCGAGGAGGCCGAGAUCCCGCAAGAGCUGAUCGAGCGGCUGGCGCACAGCGAGAUCCACAGCAUCCGCGACUUGCAGCGCCUCCUGGAGAUUGACUCCGUAGGAUAUGAUGAUGUUUCAGAAACAAACUUGAGAUCUUACAGUGUUCAUUCUGCUAAACAUGUGCAAGAGAAUCGUCCUGUGCCCAUUCGCAGAAAAAGAAGCAUUGAGGAAGCUAUCCCAGCUGUCUGCAAAACACGGACGGUUAUAUACGAGAUACCUCGGAGUCAGAUUGAUCCCACCUCUGCCAACUUCCUGAUAUGGCCACCCUGUGUGGAAGUGAAACGUUGCACUGGCUGCUGCAACACCAGCAGUGUGAAAUGCCAGCCCUCACGGAUACAUCACAGAAGUGUCAAGGUGGCAAAAGUGGAAUAUGUUAGAAAAAAGCCAAAAUUAAAAGAAGUUCUGGUGAGAUUAGAAGAGCAUAUGGAAUGCACCUGUACAUCAUCAAAUACUAAUUCAGAUUAUAGAGAAGAAGAAACUGAUUAACAGGUAUUUAUUGGGAGUAGUAUGAUAGAAGCAAAGAUUUUCUAAAAUUCAACUUUAAAAGUGAGCAUGUAAACUCAAUCAAAACAGCCUUUAGAACUUCUUGUCCCAGGUUAGUGACUCUUCACGCAGAACAGUUUUUUUAAAGUCAUCUACUUAGAGGAUAGGACCUUUGAUUCUAAUCACAGAGUUAUUGUAUCUUUUUUCUCUCCUGCAGAUGUAAGGUGAAAAUAAGCUAGGAAAAAAACUUCUCUCUGGGACAUGGAUGUACAUGGUUUGUUACAUUCCUGAACCUACUAUGUAUGGUGCUUAUUGACUGUAUACUUUAUUUGUUCUCCUAUGUGAAAAAACUGGCUCAAAAGAACACUUAAUGAGAACAAAGAGACAAUGUACAUUUGUUUAAUGUGACAUCAAAGCAAGUAUUGUAGCACUCUGUGAAACAAUAGGAAGCUUCCCUGUCCAAAAAAGAAAAACAGAAAAGAAAAAGAGACAGUUGAAUGAAUGGAGGAUACCAAAAGUACUCAAAAACAUGACAAAAAUCUAAGUGAAUAGUGGAUUUCUGUCAGAGCAGUCAACGGUGCUUUACGUCAAGAAAUGUGCCUGCGUUCUUGAUGAAGAUGGAUGGACACUGGUGGACUUCAGGCACAAAAAAAGCAGGAAUGUAUGAAAUGAUCAAAUGCCACGCAAACACCAUAGAACAAUACAUCCUUGCUUGGUGGUGUUUUAAAAGUCUAUACAAAAAAAAAACAACCUUCUGGGGAGCCUUAAGUGGAAUUUUUUUUUUUUUUUUUUUUACACCAUAAAGUGAUUAUUAAGUUUUCUUUUUACUCUUUGCCUAGCUUUUUAUUAUCUCUUGGACUACAUUUGCCAAUAACACAUAUAAAAGACUGGUAUAACAAGCAGAACACAAAACAUUAUGGUAUUUCUCCUAGUGGGAUGCAAACUAAUGAGAUGUAUUAAAAUAAAAAUGGUAUACCUAUGCAUAAUUUUCUAGACGUUUCUUGGUUUAUGUUCCCCAACCUCCCCCGUAAUUUAAAGCAUUACAUAAAAAGAAAAAAAAAAGAGAAAAAAAGAGAGAUGUGCGUAAACAAAUCAUAGGAUAUCCAUGCAAAAAUCCUUUUCUUUUCCUUUAAGACUUAUGCCAGUUGCCUACUAGUGAUAUUGUGUUAGCAAUUGUCAUUCUUAUCAGUAUACAGAUACUUUUAUUUCACAUGUUGGAGCUGUGUGAAAUGUACAAAUUCUUGUAUCUGCAUUGUAUAAUGUCAUGGUGGCAUGGGAACUACCUUGCUGCAAAUAUUUGAACAGAACCUAAAAUUCUUUAUUUUUGGUAAUAAUGUUAUGCUUUAUGUGUAUUCAACAGAAAUAUGUGUUUUUGUAAAGGUGAAGUUUGUAUUUUUAUCUAAAAAUUAACAGUUUUAUAUACCUGAGAAAGCCUGCUAUGUUUUCUUGAACCAAAAAAAAAAAAAGAAAAAAAGAGAAAAAAAGCAUUUUGUGGUCAUAUUUUUGUAGUAGAAUAGCCCAAAUAACAUCAAAAUCUAUUUUAACUAUAGCAGGGCAGAUAAAAUACUCUGGCACCAGCUCCUACGUUUUCAAAGUGCCAAAGGAUUAAAUGUUCAGUUCCCCAUGAAUUGCAGUGGGAGCCACAUGGCUAAAUCCUUCUUGCUUUGGAAAUGUAGGGCUGUGCCAGAUAUGACAUGGCUACUCACUUGGCCAAAAUCACUGCCCCACCCCAGUAGUUUGGAUUAUGUACCCUUUGUUUUAUUUGGAUUAUCACAUUGGAUAUGUAAAAUGAACUACUGGAUUCUUUUAUUUGUGAAACAUCUACAAAGAGAUGAAAGAGUUUUCUUAGUUUGGAAUGACAAAAAAGUUUGUCUUGAAGACUGUUUCCACUCUAAUAAAAAAUAUCUUAAAACAUGAAUGAACUGCAGAACCUUAAAACGACAAAAGAGAGAUUUUUGACCUUUCAUUUUCUUUAAAUAUAGUUCAGACUUUCCCCUCCUCUUCCUGUAGCUAUGUCCAAUUUCAACCAAACAAAGCAGCAUUGGCUAACAGGUGUCAUCGGCUUCAGAUGCUAAUGCAGAGAUAGAGUUAGUCACCGUUCUAUUUUGUGAGCAUUUUUCCCAGUGUAUUUGUUGAGCACCAAAACUGGAAGUACAUUUAACUAAGAUUGUCUGUGCUUGUUUUCCACUAAGUGUACUGUUCACAAUGUUAUGCACAUGAAUGUAUGUGUCUGCGUUUAAAAAAAAGUGUAUAAAAUGUAAUUUAUAUAUUUAUGUUUCGGUGGGAUGCCAAUAAUGUUGCUCCGUUCCUUUUUUGUCUAAAAGAUAUCUAAUGGAAAAAAACCAUAUAUCCAUUAAAAUCAUGUAGAUGAAAAGCAUUAUGUGACCCACUCAGACACUGUGCAGGUAUGAAAGGAUGUCAAAAGUCACUUCAGUGGAAUAAUUUGCAAAACAACUUCUUGAGAGUCCUGUGAUUGCACUGGCAUAAGAAGGUUGCGUUCAGAUCUGCGGGCCAGUUUCCCUGGAGUAGCUCCAUUGAGUAUAAUGGAGCUCUCCUGAUGUACAUCACAAGUGAGUCUGGCCCCACAGUAAAGUCUUGGAAAAAAAGCCAGCUGAGAGGCAUGCAUUUUAUUGGUGCCAGCAAAUAAAUGUGUUAUGCCAAAUUCAGAAAACCAGGAGAGAAUGAAGACUGAAUGGAGUCUUUUCCAGUAGUCGUUUGUUUGAGACUUGUAGUCUCUAGUUAAUUUUGUUACCAGGAAUGAAACGCACAUGAGUCUUUGUUCUCAAGCACAGUGUUUAUACGGUGUGCAGCAGAAACCAAAAAUCUCAGGGCUAUGUUCUCAGCUAGUAUAAAUUGGCAAAUGUUUUUGACUUCAGCCGCCCCUAAGCUAAUUUACAUCAGAUGAGAAUCCAGUCCAUGGUUUUUAAAAUACAAGGAGUAGUGUCACGACGUGAGCAUCACUUACUGUAGCCCAGAUGAGAUACUACCUAUCAGCCUUUUGAAAUUACAGGCUAUGGUAUCAAUCUUUUUUCUUCUAAGUGGCAAAUACAACCAGAAGGAAGAGUAACAUUAAAGGUUGUGACACAGGAGACAUUAAUUCAAAGUUAAGUUGGACAUUUCAAGGGCCAUAUCCUCAGCUGGUGUAAAUCACCAUCACUCCAUUGCCUGCAAUGGAGCUGUACCAGCUUACACCACUUGAGGGGCUGGUCCCUCAUUCUUGCUCAUCCCUUUCACUACUUGGUCCUGCAGGGAUCUCAGAUUGUUGUGUACGGUUAAUGUAAUCCUGUGUUCUCUAAUACUUAAGCACAAUAAGUGAAUAUAAGAAUGAGUGUCAGACUUAACUUUGAAUGUCCAAGCUCUGAAAUGGUUUGUUUCACCAUUGUGGCUGUAAAUUAAACAGUUCUCUGUGCAUUUGUGAAUGCUGUGUGAUAUCUUCUUCCACUGUCUACUGGAGGUGGACUCUAUAUGGACUUCUAAAGUGCUGCAUUUGGAGUGUUACAGGGAAGGGGGUGAACAAUUGGAGCUUCCAGAUACCUGAUUGGCAGCUCUGUGAUUUUGAGAUGGGGGACUAGUAGGGGGCUUAACGAAGGAGCUGAAGAUGGUAGUCGUCGUAAGUCACAUUUCCAUGCAAUCCUUUAACACCUUGUUGCUUUUGUCCUUGCACAUACUAGGGAGAGAUUUGGGAAUAAAACUUUUCUGUUUCA